AGGACGCAGUGAAAAGCGAUGAAGUGGUGUUGCUGAAGCCACUGGUGCAGCCGGGCGUGGCCUCGCGGAACUUCUCGCUGCUGAGCUGCGGGGAUCUGCUGGAGAUGGCCAGGGCAUCGGUUGCCACGAAGCAAUGGCGGGAGACCGGACGCUCGCUGUGUGCGGUGUUGCGGUGUCCCUGUGUUCUGAACGCUUCCUUUCACUUCCAGGGGAUGCCUGGACCUCACCUGGAUUGCGAGGCCCUCCACAGCGCCUUGGAACUGAUCUCCGUUUUCGCGCCACUGGAACUUCACCACGCCGUGCUUGAUGCGGCCGAAGCGGGAAUCAAGGAGUUUUUGGAGGCCCUUGGCGGCGGCUCGCAGCUCACGCAGCUCAGUGGGGAGCAGCUCCGCGGAAUUCUGAUUUACCUCAUGCUGCCCCAGUUGCGCAAUACCAAAUUUGUUCAAAAUCGUCGCCAUGCCGUCCUCUCGCCACUGACCUUGUUGGUGGCCCUCAUGAAGCCAGCUGAGCGGCGGAUCCUCUUGGAGUUGUUGGUUUCUGAGCUUCCACAAGCUUUCAUCUUGAAGAAGGCUGUGGUGCCAUCCAUCCGGCUGUUCCUCAACGAACGUGCGCGGAUGCUCUCCACCAGACACACCUUGGAAGAUCCAGGCCUAUGGCACGGCACCUUGCUGAUGCAACUGCUCUUCUUGGCCAACGAAAAGCUGCAAGAAGAUCAACGGCACCAGUUGGAUUUGGAGAAUGAUCUUGGUGCUCUGAAAUCGCGAUUUCUGGCGCCCCUCGGUGAGUUGUGGUGGAUGCUGUUGGAGCAGACCAUUCCUCCACUGGUGGCCUUUCAGCAGCUCAUGGCGGCCAUGGGAUCCGCAUCUUGGCCCAAGUGCUGUGUGCUGCUGAUGCAUCGCAAUUUGAUCCCUGUGGCCUUCAAGCAAAAGGUCCUCCAGGCAACGCUAGGGCCUCUAGGGAUUUUGUGCAGGACUGACUAA